GCCCAGCCUUGUUUUUCCCCCUCACUUUUUCUUAUAAGACACGUGUAAGUUGCUUGCUUUGCUUCAUCUUGUAUCCAACAAUAACCACCACUCCUCUUCUUUCUGCAUCUAUCCUCGUUAUAAUUUAUCAUGUCGGACAACCGCCGCUUCUUCAAAGGCUCAUGCCACUGCGGCUACGUCCGCUACCUACUGCGCAUCACACCUACCACCGAAGACCAUCCGCCUGGCCAGCGCAUCUACCGCUGCAACUGCACAUCGUGCCAUAAAAUGGGCCAUUUCCACUUACGUCCGUCUGUUGUCCCCGAGGACUUUGUGCUGUUGUCGCCCGUCAAUCCACUCGAGAGUCUCGGCGACUACCAGUGGAACGACUUUGAGCUCCAUUUUCUAUUUUGCAAGACGUGCGGUGUACGUCCAUUCAUUUUGUACGGUGAGGGGGAGACUGCAGAUGUAGAUGUAGAGCAGUAUGGUGUAGAAGGACUCAAGAAUCCCGAGGGGCAGAGCACCACUAAGAUAUGGAGGGUCAAGGCUACCAGCGAGCGCAAGUACCUGAGUGUCAAUGGCGUCACUGUCGAUGCUGGCCAGGAAGGGUUUGAGCUGCGCGACUAUGUGGAGCGAAAGACGCUUUCAUACUUGGAUUGGCUGCAGGAUGAGGAUAAAGAGACGACGGAGCGUCCGCAUCCUGGUGGUUGCUAUUAGCUAGUAUUAUUACUUGUUAUGGGGAUGCGGCGUUGCAUAUGGGGAGAAGGGGUCGGCGCGCGUAGGUGCAAUUUUUGUUUAGUUAUUUUUAAAAAUAAAACUAUAUUCCGAUUUGGAAUUUUAUAAGGAAAUUCAAUAAAAACUCAAAGUACAAACCGUCU